AUGAUCGGGACCGAAUUCUGUCUAUGUCAUAAAAUGCGUACAGCUGCGGUACAGCAAGGUCUCGUACACAAGGAUCCUGACGUCGAUGCUAUAUUCAGGCUGCUACAUGCCGACAAAAGAAGCGGUCUUAACGAGAAAUUCAGCAGGCACGCGCCGCCGAUAGUGCUUGAAGCGGGCACAUACGCACCAUGGAACUCGCAGAACACUUUGUUUCAUAAGAAAGCCUUUUUCACUCUUUUCUUGCCUACUACAGUGACUUUUCGUACGACGGACAUAUGGCGCUCCUAUAUAGCACCAGAAGCUUCUGCAUAUGAUCGGAGAGACAGUGGCGUUCUAUCCACCCAAUGCUGUGCAAUAUAG